AUGUUAGCUUUAACAACUGACAAUGAUGAAUGCAGAUUAGAUUUAAGAAUUUGUGUUAUUUCCAAAAUGAUUGCAAAAGAAUAUGUCGAUACAGAUUCAUUGGAUCAGUACCUGAAUGACAGUGAUUCUGGCGAUGAUAAUGGUUAUGGUCAUCGUGUUGGUGUUUCCGGUCAUCGCGGUCAUCGGCAUCACCACCCACGACACAUUCACAGGAAUAUUGUGCGUAAAACACAACCAAAACUAUUUCCAUGGAGUUUUCAUUUUAAUCGACCAAAAUCACAAGAAAUUUAUGUAUUCAAUACAGAACGUUAUAGUAAUUGGUCUGAUUGGAAAGAAUGCCUACCAAUGGAAUGUAUUGAAAUACGUUAUCGUAAAUGUUUAGAUGAUUCAUGGAAAACCGCAUCACCAAAUUUGAUUCAUACAACACGAUGUAUAUCAAAGUAUUAUGCAGAAAAACGUACAUGUUUAAAUAAAACACAAUGUAAUGAAUAUAGUAAGUUGUAA